UUAUUAAUCCUAGAUACUUCCAUUUAGAAACCGUGUUUAUUCCAAACAGAGCUUCAAGAUGAGUAUGAGACCUGACGACCACCGUAGAAAGUGGGACAAGGAUGAGUUCGAGAAGAUCGCUUCAGAAAGGUUGAAAGCGGAGCUAGAGGAAGAGGAGCGUUCUAAAAAGAAAGCACCUCCAGUUAAAAGGGAGCUCCUCAAGCAGCGUGAAUACAAAGUAGACUUAGACUCAAAAUUGGGCAAGAGUGUUGUCAUCACAAAGAACACCCCCACCUCCCAGUCGGGCGGUUACUACUGCAAUGUCUGUGACUGUGUGGUCAAGGACUCCAUCAACUUCCUGGACCACAUCAAUGGCAAGAAGCACCAGCGGAAUCUUGGCAUGUCCAUGAAGAUUGAGAGGAGCUCACUGGACCAGGUGAAAGCAAGAUUCGCAACCAACAAACGCAAACUAGAAGAGAGGAUCCGGGAAUACGAACUGGACAGCCGGCUGCGCGAGGCGGCCGAGGAGGAGGCGCGCGUCAAGGAGCUGCGCCGCGAGCGCCGCCGCGAUAAGAAGCGCAAGCUGCAGGAGGGUGACGAGCCAGAGGAGGAGACCCCCGCGCAGUCCGAGCUCGCCCAGAUCAUGGGCUUCUCCGGCUUUGGCGGAUCUAAGAAAUAGUGCCAUCACAUGCUGAAA